AGUGAAACCCGGAAUCCGGGAAGGUUUCCGUUAUAUAUAAAUUAAUUUUAUCGUCAGAAAUCAGAAAUCGCCGAAUCGUCAUUUCGAAUCAUGGCAUCAACAAGCAGAGGACCAAAGGCCAAACAGAUAUGUUGUCCAGAACAUCCUUACGCUAACUUAAUAGAAGAUUAUCAUGCUGGAGACAUGAUCUGUCCUGAGUGUGGACUUGUGGUUGGAGAUCGUGUUGUAGAUGUUGGUACAGAAUGGAGAACUUUCAGCAAUGAGAAAAGUACGGGAAACAAGGAUCCAUCUCGUGUGGGAGCAGCAGAGAAUCCUUUGUUAGAUGGAGGAGACUUGAGUACAAUGAUACAAGUAGACCCGACCAGUAUGUCCUAUGACGAACAUGGAAAACCAAUGUAUAAAAACAGACGUACGAUGAGUAGUGCUGACAGAGCUUUGAUAAAUGCCUUCAGAGAAAUAGGAAACAUGGGGGACAGACUUAACCUCCCUAAAAUGAUAGCAGAUAGAGCUAAUAAUUUAUUUAAACAAGUUAAUGAUGGAAAAGCUUUGAAAGGCAGAAGUAAUGACGCAAUUGCAGCAGCUUGUAUGUACAUUGCUUGUAGACAGGAGGGUGUUCCUAGGACGUUCAAAGAAAUCUGUGCUGUGUCCAAGAUAUCUAAGAAAGAGAUUGGUAGAGUGUUCAAACUGAUCCUGAAGAAUCUGGAGACAAAUGUGGAACUGAUUACUACAGGAGAUUUUAUGUCAAGAUUCUGUUCCAAUUUGGGUCUGCCAACAUCAGUACAGAAGGCAGCCACACAUAUAGCUAGGAAAGCUGUAGAAAUGGAUCUUGUUGCAGGGAGGAGUCCCAUCUCUGUAGCUGCGUCAGCUAUUUAUAUGGCUUCUCAGGCCUCAGCUGAUAAAAAGAACCAAAAAGAGAUUGGUGACAUUGCUGGGGUAGCAGAAGUAACAAUCAGACAGGCCUAUAAACAGAUGUAUCCCAGAGCACAUGACUUGUUCCCUGCUGACUAUAAGUUCUUUACACCAGUAGAACAGUUACCAACACAGUGAGCCAACCCUAGCCAGAAUGAUGUGGAUGGAAUUGACUUCCUGUGGGAACCAGAUAUUUAUCUGGUGUGUAACAGGAAUAUUUUAUUUUACAUCUAUCUGUGAUAGUUGUAACAGAGCAAACAUUAAAAACAAAUAUAUAAUUCUGUCGAUCAGAGAAUUUUUCAUCAUAAAGGUUGGAUUCUGUCACAGUGUUAGCGUGCAGAAAAUCAGCCAUUAUUAGCGUAAUUUAUGUUGUUUAGUAUCUGAACAUAGGACUGCAUUGAUCUCAGUUUAAAUAAUAUUAUACUGACAGUGAAACAAAGGAUCAAUGAUUAAAUGUUUGUUAUACUUGAUGGUAGUGCAAUACAACCUGAAUGAAAUAUUUUUAAUGAUAUUUUUCUUUGAAUAUUGAAUUGAAUAUUUUGUCAUCACUUGAUAUUGUUAAUCAUUUAACAUCUGUGACGUAAUUUAGGCUUUUUUACUAGCAAAUUCUGUAAUCUAAUUUUUUUCAAUAGCAGUUUAUUUUCAUGGCUUGUGGAGUUAAAUAUAAAUCUCCUUGUAUUAAGAUAAUGGAAAGUAAGAAUUAAAAUGGCCACAAAAAUUGUGGAGUUAAAAAUAAAUCUCCUUGUAUUAAGAUAAUGGAAAGCAAGAAUUAAAAUGGCCACUAUGUCAGACAACUAAAAAAGUGUGAAAAAUAAUUGAGUUACUUUUAUUGAAAUGGGGCUCAUUGAAAAAAUAUGCAUUAUUAUUAAAUAUGAAAAAAUAUGGUUGUCAACACUGAAAUGGAAAUGAAAAAAUAGAAAGAAGUAAACAAUUUACUUUAUAUUAUUGAGUUAUAUUAUGUUAUGUUUUCUGUAGUAUUGUAAGUGUUGUAUUGCAUAUUUUUCAUGAUUAUUGUAGUACAGUUAAACAUUUGUCAAUAUACAUAUGUAUGUCAGAUUCUGUCAGCAUGGAAAUGUUUUUGGAAUUACUCAGUUGCUGUUCAUGAAAUGCAUUAUAUUCUGCAAAUACAGUUCAUUUGAUUUCUCACUAAACAGGGAAUCUGGAGUAGAAACAUGGUUUUGUUAUAUGUUACAAAUUUAUUGUUUUGUAGAUCUUUGUGUUGUUUUUUCCCCCCUUUUUCAUCCAUAAUUAGUUGGCCUCUUUUUAACCUAUAAGUUUUGAUUCUACCUUUGGUACCUUUCUGCAUUUUUUUUUAUCUUCAUAUAAUCAUCAAUGAGAGGAUUUUUUUGAAAAUCUGAGGAAAAUAUUUUUUGUUUCACAGACUUUAUAGGAGUAUUAUUUUCUACUAUAAAUACCAAUCGAGCAAAGACUUGCAAUUAAACACAGACUUUAUUGUCAUCCACUGAGUUGGAAUAAGAGGAGGUUUUUAGGUUUAUAGGUCAAUAAGACCAACACUUAAUAGUGACUUAACACAAUAAAACCAGAAAAGACCUUUGGAGGUAAAAACAGCAUUUUUUCAUGUAACAUUAAAACUCAAAUAAAAUAUGUUCUUAUAUGAAAACUUAAUUUAUGCAGUGCUUCAAUUUUUCAUAUUUUCACAUUUUAUUCUUGUUGCUGGAAAGCAAGGCUUUGUAUUCAUACCCGUCAGUAAGAUAAAAAAAUUCAGCUGGUAUAAAUUUUGUAGUAUCCAUAAAUAUUAUUGCCAAACAAAUAUUUGUUUGGUGGCUUUAACACUUUAUGUAAUUUUGAAAUUAUUUUUUAUGGAAAAUAAAACAGUUGUUUUGUUA